AUGCUCACCAGUCCCUUAAACCUGCCCAAGUGGCUCGAAGAGAACUCUCAUCUCUUGAAGCCUCCCAUUAACAACUACUGCGUGUACAAUAAGGAUGUGACUGUCAUGAUCGUAGGAGGCCCCAAUGCACGAACCGACUAUCACAUAAACGAGACCGCAGAAUGGUUCUACCAAUACAAGGGAGCUAUGAUGUUGAAAGUGGUCGAUGAAGGCGAAUUUAGGGAUAUUAUCAUUGGGGAGGGAGAAAUGUUUCUAUUGCCACCAAAUACGCCGCAUAAUCCUGUUCGAUUCGCAAACACAGUUGGCAUUGUGCUAGAGCAACCAAGACCAGCGGGUUCAUUAGAUAGAUUGAGGUGGUAUUGCACAAACUGCCGCGACGUGGUGGAGGAAGCUUCUUUCCAUUGUACAGACUUGGGCACGCAAAUCAAGGAAGCUGUGAACAGCUUCAAGGAUAGUGAGGAUAGGAGAAAAUGUAAGAAAUGCGGGACAGUCGCGGAAUCAGCGCCUCCGGUAGGAUCUAUCAAGGAUCCAAAUAUCGCUUGA